UUAACAAAUGGAAAUAUCCUUUUUUAAAUCAUUACUGAUCACUUUCUGUGUUGCCUUGCCGGGAGAAACAGUUGAGUAAAUGGCAGCUCCAGCUAAAUGCUUUCUCGUCACUGGCUCCCCUGGCGUGGGUAAAACCACUCUGAUCGCUAGGGUUUUGGAGAAUCUCAGAACUUCCAAUCCCAAUUUGAAAAUACAAGGGUUUUUCACUCGUGAGAUCAGACAAGAAGGCGAGAGGGUAGGGUUUGAGGUGGUUACGUUAGAUGGUCGCACUGCUCCACUUGCUUCUAUUAACAAUUCCAGUGUAGAGUCCAUUAGAUGGCCUACUGUGGGAAGAUACAGAGUCGAUGUAGCAUCAUUCGAAUCAUUAGCUUUGCCUGAGUUACAGGUGAAAGAAGAUACAGAUCUGUUUGUGAUUGACGAAGUUGGAAAGAUGGAGCUCUUCAGUUCGUUGUUCUUCCCUACAGUGUUACGUGUUCUUGAGUCUAACAAACCGUUUCUAGCUACAAUCCCUGUUCCAAAAUAUGGUCGAGAUAUUCCUGCAGUUGCAAGGUUGAAGAAUCAUCCAGGAGCGAAGGUGUUUACUCUAACAACAAGCAAUAGGGAUGAUAUGAAGAAUCAGAUAUAUUCCCAAUUAACUCACAACCUUGUUUAACUUUUCAAAAAAUAAUGUCAUCUCUCUCUGACUCUGUACACAUUCACCUCAUUAUAAAUCAACCAACUACUGUUUCUACAGAAUCAAACACAAACCUUUAAAAAAAAAAACACAAACAUGUAUAUGAUGAUGAUAUCAUGAGGUUCUUCGAUCAUUAUUUUCA